GGGAAAAGUCUCCAGACCACACCUGAAAAAAAAUUUUUUUCAAAAAGGGACAGGCAGUGUGGCUCAGGUGGUAGAGCACCCUAGUGAGCCAGAGGCCCUGAGUCCAAACCCCAGUGCUACUGAGCACGUCCCCGAGGGGCACUUUCUUUCUCAGGAUGCCUUGGCGCUAGGCAAGCGUGCAUCCUAAGCCCCAGUGGUCUUCAUGCCCAGGUUGCCAUAGGUGAAUAGAUGGCCCUGCAUCCUGUGUGUUAACUUUAAGUUUCUGAGGCAGGGUGGGUGGAGCCUGCCAGGAGGAGUAGCUGGGCACAGGAGACCUGCAGAUCUGGGCAGAUCCCCUCACAUCCUCUCCGCAGGGCCUCAGCCCCAGGCAGAGGUUGGGCUGUGGGCGGAUUAGCUCCCCUAAGCCUCCAGGCCUCCUGUCGCGCCGGCUACCAUGGUGUCCCUGUUCUCUGGGCACGUUCUAGUGCGCAACAACAGUGACCAGGAUGCACUGGACACCGAAGCCGAGCUGUGCCGCCGGCUGGAGAACCGGCUGCUGUUGCUCUUCUUCGGCGCGGCCGAGUGCCCUCGGUGCCAGGCCUUCGCCCUAGUGCUGCGGGACUUCUUUGUGAGGCUCACGGAUGAGUUCUAUGUGCUCCGCGCGGCCCAGCUGGCCCUGGUGUACGUGUCCCAGGACACCACGGAAGAGCAGCAGGACCAGUUCCUCAAGGAUAUGCCAGACAAGUGGCUCUUCCUGCCCUUUGAGGACAGCCUGCGGAGGGAGCUCGGGCGCCAGUUCUCCGUGCAGCGCCUGCCGGCGGUGGUAGUGCUGAAGCCAGGCGGGGACGUGCUCACUCAGGACGCGGCUGACGAGAUCCAGCGCCUGGGCCCCGCCUGCUUCGCCAACUGGCAGGAGGCGGCCGAGGUGCUGGACCGCAGCUUCCUGAUGCCUGAGGACCUGGAGGACCCUGUGCCGCGGAGCCUCACCGAACCGCUGCGCCGCCGCAAGUACCGCGUGGAUCGGGAGGCGCGGGACCGGCGUGGGGAGGAGGACGGGACCGGGGCGCUGUUCUGACCCCGCCCCGAGCCGGGCCUGGAUAUGGGCGGUGCCUGAAUGGCUCGGG